AUAUCGUUAAGCUACUGCAAGUUCCAGUCCAGCUGUGGCAUCUUCUCUUGAAAUUCUGGCCAUCAUCAACAAUCUUUCCUAAACAUUAACAAAUCUUUCACUGCGAUCUUUCUUGUUCGAUUUCUUGCUCUUUUCGACUUCAAUCAGCCGCCAUGUAAGGGGCUGAAUUAAAGAUCUGGAGUUUUGAGUCAAAAAUUAGGUUUUCUUGCAAUCAAAUACUAAAUAGCAAAAUGAGUGUUUCUCUGACUGUAAUGACCUUCAAUCUUCUUGAAGAUCAGCCAGAAGAUGGCCCAAAUUGUUGGGAAAAGAGGAAAGAUUUGUGUGUUAGUGUUAUCACUAGUUACUCCCCAAUCAUCCUCUGUACUCAACAAGGUGUGAAGUCUCAAUUGGAAUAUCUUCAACAAUGCUUGCCAGGCUAUGAUCAAUUCGGGAUUUCAAGGAAAGGAUCCGAAGAUGUUUCAGAUCAACAUUGCACCAUUUUCUACGACAAAGAGAAGGUCGAGUUAUUAGAAGGCGGAACAUUUUGGUUGUCAGAGUCACCUUCCGUACCUGGAAGUAUGUCGUGGGGGGGCGUAUCCCCAUGCAUUGCUACAUGGGCGACGUUUCAACUGAAAGGAGUUGAGGCGCCUGGUUUUUCGUUCCAAAUAGUGAACACAAACAUGGAUGAGUUCAGUCCUCGUGCUCGUAGGCGAAGUGCGUUGCUGACAUGGCAGCAUAUCGCAUCAUUACCCCCUAGCUUACCUGUUGCAUAUUGUGGAGGUUUUAAUACACAAAAAGAAUCAACCACCGGACGGUUUCUUCUUGGGAGAUCAAGAGAGCACGGUGUCGUAGGUGAUAUGAGAGAUGCGUGGCCCAACGCUCGGUUAAGGAAAAAUAUGUCUCUUAUACGCACGUAUCAUGGAUUUAAAGGUAACAAACAAGGAGCAGUUGAGUUCUUGAAGUUGAUUUUUCGGGCACUUUGCCUGUGCUGGGAUCGGCAAACUCAAGAUUUGCACAUAGACUGGAUCUUGUUCCGAGGCCGAUCGCUCAUCCCCGUCUCGUGUGAAGUGGUGAGCGAUAACAUCGAUGGCCAUUACCCGUCUUCCAAUUAUCCCAUCUUUGCUGAAUUCAUGCUUCCACGAACAGUCCGGCUGCUCGAUCCACCACCCGCCGAAGAGAUGGUUCCAUAAUGUUUGUUUCUUUUAUGUUCUGCAAGUUAUUUGUACAACAAUUCUUGCAAAUAGUAUGCUAUGCGAUUUAAUU